CGGCGUCGUUUAAGCCUUUGCCUUCGCCCCUCUUGUCUCUUGCCGGUUACUAAUAAACCAAAUCUCUCUUUCUCUCUCUCUCAGUUCGUUCUUCGUGCUUCUUAUACACUGAGUUGACUCAGUCAUUGCUACUCGCUCUCUCUGUACUCUUCUUCAGCUACUCUUCGCAUUUUCUCCGUUCUGUCGUUCUCUCUUCCUUUGUCUCAGACUCAAGUUCACAGGAAUGUCUGAGAGCGCCUUGAAGGAUCUCAAUACAAUUCCUCCAACUGAGAGGAAGAGUGAGAGCUCCAGCAAGGCAUCUCUAACUAAGCCUCCAGUUGACAAUGCUAAUGAAAACCUUGAAGAAUGGCAAAAGAAAAAGAGUUGUCCAACCUUGGUUUCUCCCCCAGUAAAUGGUAAUCAAACUUUGAGUGUCAGUUCUGGUGUUGAGAUUGGAAAUGCAGAAGUAGAAUACAUCGAAUCUGAGAACUUGAGUGAUCUGGAAGAUAUUGGCACUUGUCUCAAGAACCUCUUAUCUGGACUUGACUCAAAGGAUUGGGUCAUGGUUUGUGAUGCACUCAAUAAUGUACGCCGUUUAUCCUUAUUUCAUAAGGAAGCAAUGCUUGACAUGUUGGGGGAUGUGAUCACAUUUGUUGCUAAGUCCCUUAAAAGUCCUAGAAGUGCUGUUUGCAAAACUGCUAUCAUGACGUCUGCAGACAUUUUCAGUGCAUACAACGAUCUUAUAAUAGAUUCAUUAGAUCCUUUGCUAGUACAGCUUCUUCUCAAAUCUUCACAGGACAAGCGCUUUGUGUGUGAGGCAGCUGAAAAAGCCUUGAUAGCAAUGACUAUUUGGAUUUCCCCAGUGGCUUUGUUACCGAAACUCCAACCAUAUCUUAAGAAUAGGAAUCCUCGUAUUCGUGCAAAGGCAGCAAUGUGUUUUUCUCGAAGUGUUCCACGACUGGGUGCAGAAGGCAUAAAGACAUAUGGUAUUGACAAGUUGAUCCAAGUAGCUGCAUCUCAGUUAAGUGACCAGCUACCAGAGUCUAGGGAAGCCGCUCGAACUCUACUUCUUGAGCUUCAAAAUGUAUAUGAGAAAUUUCAUGAUCUCAUGCCUGCUGCUACUGUUUCCGAGCAACCAGAAAUGGGAUCUUGGGAGAACUUCUGUCAAUCAAAACUCUCACCUUUAAGUGCUCAAGCUGUACUUCGAGUUACUAACAUUGCUCGAGAGGGUCUUGUUUCAUGACACCUGCAUGAGCUUAGUGUGCAUCACGAUUUCCUGGUUGGCUUGUCAUUUUUCUUGUGUAAAUACAGUGCGACAUUGAGAUUUGAGUUGCUGUUGGAAGCACGUAUUGAGCCUAAGAUUUGUUAUGUAAUUCUUUACCUAGCGGUGGUUACAUUACGUAUUUCACGUUUAUUGCUAUAUGAUAGAUAUGAGUUACAUUACUUCCAUGUCCAAUUCUCCAUGUACCCUCUUUAGAGAAUUUGGUUAUCAAAUUCAUCAUUCAGUGUGAAUAUGGGCCUGAGGACCCAAGUCUUUGUUUUCUCAGAUUU